AUGGGCAAGGAACGUCAUCCCAAUGGAAAAGAGAAACCCAUUUGUGGUUUACUUUUUCAUCCUUAUGGCAACUUGCUAGAUAACUUAAACAACGCAACAGCCUUUACUUUGCAGGGUAACAUACAACAAGCCUUUAACACAGAUUCUUCGACCGCCAGUUGGGUGUUGUCCGAAUAUGCUCUUACGCUUGGCUCCUUUAUCAUGGUAAAUGGUAAGAUUUCCGACAUCAUUGGCCCACACAACAUUUAUCUCGGAGGGUUAUCGGUCAUCUGGAUAUGUGCUCUCAUCUGUGCAUGCAUUCCACACUCAUCCAUCAUCACGCUAAUUGUUUUCAGGGCAAUCCAAGGUGUUGGUGCUUCUGCCUUAGUUCCAUCGACACUUGCUCUUGCGGCAAACUAUUUUAGUGGCCCCUAUGCCAAAUAUCUUCCAGGUGCUGUGGUUGGCUUCAUCAUCGCAUUGACUGGUGUUUUUGGGGUUGCACUUAUUUUAGGAGGGGCAUUUUCCGAGACCGCAAUCGGAUAUGAAAGUUACUUUUACUUUGUGUUUGCAUAUAGGUUGGUGAUGAACAUAAUAUUGCUCUUUUUAAUCAUUCCGAUUGAAGAGACAGAAGAGCAUGAAAAGAUGAAGCUGAAAAAUGUUGAUUUCAUUGGAUCUGCCUUGAUCAUCAUUGGUAUUCUCUUGAUGAUUUUGGGACUGACCGAAGGUGGUGAUGACUGGAAGAGGCCAAGAGCCUACGUGCCCUUGGUUGUGGGGUUUUUCACAGACAAGUCAGAAGACUGGAGACUUCAAAUAGAUUUGAUAUUCCCACCUGAAAUCAUUCACAUUCCAAAUUUCCUUCCUAUUUUGAUAACAUGUGGUAUGUACUUUGCAACGUUUACCAUGAUCACCGCAAUUGGGGUGCUAUACUAUAGCUCCAUAGAUGGUGACUCCCCAAUAAUUGUUGCUCUCAAAGUUUCCACUAUAUCAGCCGGUGUUGUUUUUGAAGCAUCUAUAUACAGACAAUCUUACUACGGCAAAAUUGGUGGUGUUGUCAAUGGUGUCUACCGGACGUGCUUGCAGGUGUGUUUGAGUGUCGGCAAUGCAUUGGUCCCAUCGAUUGUUGGAAAUGUUGUGCCUGCCACGUCGGAAGAAAUGAAACAGCAUCUUCAUAACAAGUUUCAAAACAUAUUUUAUGUAUUAAUGGGGUUUCAUGUAGUGAUUUUAAUCAUCAUGAUUCUUUUUGUUCGGGAUUCUGAAAAGUCACCAGAAACUGAAGAUGAAGUAGAGGACAAACCAGAAGUUGGAGGGAAUUGCAAUAAAGUGGAAAAAGGCUAUGAUGGAAUCUGUUCAGAAAAGGAGGAAGACGAUAAAUGCACCGGCAUAUUUCUGCACGGCGACUCUCUGGAAGGCAGAUAAUUGUUUAACAUGAAUAUAUAAGAUCGCCUGGCCUAUCAAUUAGCAGUUGAUUUAACUUGACUAUUUUCUACAAUCAACUUUAGCUUCAACUUGUUUGCAUUUGAUCCAUAAAAACCUUUGCAUUUGAUCCGUAAAAAG